AAAGGGUCGAGAACCAGAGAAACCCUAUCCGUUGAAAGUCCAUAUCCAACUCCCAACCUCAAUCUGAAAAAUGCAAGACAACAACCGCUUUACCUGUCACUCCAUUGGAAACCCCAUUGUCACUCCCGCCAAAGGUAAACCAAGCUAUUACCAUGGCCGCUCGUAUCCCUUCAUCUUCUUCCCUUCAAUCCCACAAUCUUCCCUUCUUUCUUCGUCCCUCUUCUGCCUCCCCAUUGUCUCUUCUCAGUGGAUUUCUCCAAUCAACGGCUCAGAAUGCCCCCAAAAAAGGACAUUUCGGAUUCACAUGCCAAUCGAGCAGCGAUGGCGAUGAGGAUUAUCUGUUGGACGCUCCAGUUUCAGUUGGGGAUGGAUUUUCUUUCAGUGGAGGGAAGUAUUCAGAUGGGCCAAACCCCGCAGAUGAAUGGUUCAAGAGAGGGAAGAUUGUGAAAGCACAUCCAGUUGUUGGCUCUGGCAAUAAGGCAAAAGAUCCGAUUUUUGGUCUAACUAUGGGUGGUGGUUCUCAGGCCUCGAAUGAUGUUUUCAGAUGGUUUUGCGUUGAAAGUGGAAGCAUUGAAAAUCCUUCAAUUAUAUUACUUCAUGGUUUGCCUUCACAGGCAUAUUCUUACCGCAAAGUGCUUCCCAUUCUUUCCAAGGACUAUCAUGCCAUCAGUUUUGAUUGGCUAGGUUUUGGAUUUUCCGAUAAGCCGCAACCUGGGUAUGGAUUUGACUACACUUUGCCUGAAUAUGUCUCAUCCUUGGAAUCUCUUGUUGAUGAACUUGCAACCAACAAGGUUUCACUUGUUGCUCAGGGCUAUUUUGCGCCAGUUGCUGUUAAAUAUGCUAGCAGUCAUCAGGAAAAGAUCAAUAAUCUGAUACUUCUUAAUCCUCCUCUAACAGCAAAACAUGCCAACCUGCCAUCAACAUUGUCCAUAUUCAGCAACUUUUUGUUAGGUGAAAUUUUUUCCCAGGAUCCUCUAAGGGCCAGUGACAAAGCCUUGACAAGCUGUGGACCUUACAAAAUGAAAGAAGAUGAUGCGAUGGUUUAUAGAAGGCCCUACCUCACUUCUGGUUCCUCUGGGUUUGCACUGAAUGCAAUUAGCAGGGCAAUGAAGAAGGAACUUAAGGCUUAUGUUGAAGAAAUGAGGAUCAUACUUACAGACAAAGAUUGGAAAAUUCCAACCACCAUAUGCUGGGGCCAAAGAGACCGUUGGUUAAGCUAUGACGGAGUUGAAGAUUUUUGUGAAGUUUCAAAACAUAGACUCAUCAAACUUCCUAAGGCAGGGCAUCAUGUACAGGAGGAUUGCGGCGAGGAGUUAGGUCAAAUCAUUGCAGGAAUCAUUAGCAAAAGGAGUUGGAUUUGACGUCAAUUUGGAAGAAAUGUUCGUCAAAUCGAUUAUCAUAUGUAUAUUUAAGUUGUCCCUGUGAAUCUGUUCUCUUUCCGGGUUUUGGAUCACGUUUAACCAUUCAAGCAUUCAUUGAUAAUAUUCUUUCUUUUUGUGUUUU